AUGGUGGCAGCAACCAGAUUGUACCUCCUGCUGCUGGUCUGUGUGGGGUUCCUGCAGUCAGCCGGUGCCAGGUACAUAAACUACUGCCCAAAAGGCUGGUCCUACUACAAGCUCAGCUGCUUCAGGUACUUCAGUCAGCUCCAGAGCUGGGAUGAGGCUGAGAGGCACUGCCAGGCCAGCCAUGCCGGUGCUCACCUGGCCUGGGUCAAUGAGCCUCAGGAGGCAGCCACCCUGCAGAGGGUCAUCUCCUACUACCAGCGUGUGCAGCCCGUCUGGCUCGGUCUCCGCUAUGGGCAGGAGAGCCGGGUCUGGCAGUGGACGAGUGGGGACAACUACAGCAUCAGCAGCAGUGGCCUGGCUGGGAAUGGUGCCCACGGGGGGACCUGUGGUGUGCUGACACACCUCAGUGGGUUCACCGUGUGGUCCAGCGCCGACUGCACCCAGCAGCAUCAUUACAUCUGCAAGUUCACCCCCUCGCACUGA